GUUGCACUACCUUGAAGUUCGCGGAAAUGUUAAUCCUCUAGGCCUAUUGAUUUUGGACGAACUGAUCAUCUGAGAGGACAUUUUCAGAAGGCUUGAAAAGCGAGACCAAACCGCUUACAUCUGGAAUUCCGUUUCAUUCACUGAGUUGUAAAUUACUGUAGUUGUCUACCCGAAUACGUAGUAUCAGCAUCUGUUCAUACAUCUAAAGACAGGUUGGGUCUUCACAGUACUAAAAGUCGCGAGGAUUAACCUUCUGUCCUUAACUUUGAAGACAUUGCUUUAUAUUUUGGAACAGUUUUGAAGCACCGGUGGUUUAACUUAUGGUGUAAAUCAACGGCUUUUUGUACAGGUAAUAUUUAACUAGAGGUCUUGCAAUUUAUUGAUACAUACAAUAGUUAUUCUUUUUUUAUGACUUGGUAAUUUUCCCUGGGGAGCCUAUCAGUCUUCAGAAUGUUUAAACAACUUGUGACAAAACAAUUUUUCCUGUUAUUCAAGUGUUUAUUAUUGUUUUAUUGCCCAUCGGCUGAUGGAUUGGCGGCUAGGCUCACCAAGGAACAGAUAUUUUUUUUACUUAAAUCCUUUCAUUCCCUACAUCGUUUUAAUUUUACCCACCUACGUUAGGUUGGUUAAUUAAUUCCCCUCAAAAUAAUAAAAAGCUACUCGACCCCCGAUUUUCUCGUGCGGAGUCUGUAGUUCAAUUGUCACUGCCCUGAAAGGUUGACACUAAGUUCUGUCUGUUUUGCUUACUUUCUCACAAAAUUAUCUUUGUACGUUCUCCACUGCCUUUUAGAUGAUUUCACCGUAUCUUGCUUAACUUCGUUAUAAUCUCAAAUCAACCUUAAUAGCGUUAAUAUUACAGCUUUAUACAAAAAAUAUUAUCAAAAUAUCAUCAAUGUUUGUGAACAUUAUUGUAUUAAAAUUGGUUGUUAUUGCUUGUUGUAGGUCUUUAGGGACUAGAGACUAUCAACCAAAGAUUUUUUAUUCUAUUUGUGUUAUGAGUUUUUUGACUAUUGUGUUUUCCAAAUGCUCAUUACAGUGCUUAUUGCUAACACAGUCGUUAUAUUUCACUGCGAGUGUUGUUUGGUAUUUGUGGUCCUUCAAUUUUGUAAAUUGUACUUAUGAUGUAUUACUUGGUUUUCAAUAGGGGUUAUUUAUACUCUAGUCUGUUUUUAUAGUUAUGAAACCAACGUGAGGCCCGACUUGCUGAUGUUGCUGGUCUCAAGCCUGAGUAAAGAUGAUAGGUUGGGGUAUUAAGGCUUGCAACUCGACCUCUUACGAAAGAACUUUGCUGCAAAGUCGCUAUGUAGAAUAAAUAUCAAGACCGGACUUCGGAUACCCUAUAUGUUGCCAAAUUAGCCAUUGGACUGAAAUUGGGAUUCAUUUGAACCGGAAUUCGGACGCUCAAUUUAAUACAGCUGUUAUGGAGAAGGAUUUUACUGGUUUGAUAGACGAUCUUUUAUUUAUCAAAGUCACUGAUCAGAAUCCUGAUCAAUAAAUCAAAUGCAGUGAUACAAAGUAUGGUUGAUUGACGGUUAUUCACGGGACCAUAUUAUUGGCUUAAGCUUUUGUUAUAAUUUGAAAUAAAAAGCAUGACCAUUAGCCAGAAGAAGAAUAUAAUAAAAUGACAUGCCUAUAUACAACAUAAUCACACAAACAAAAGUAUUAUCAUAGGUGACUGGAGAAAAUCAGUUUGUAAAUCACUAAUUGUGCGACCAAUUAAGACCUGAUUGUUAGGCUUAAUUCUUGUCCGGCACGUCAACAGUUGACUAGUUUAAUAAACUGUAGUUUAACCCAUUAUAUGUAGUACGUCAUGAUGUAGUGUUUUCCAUUUUUAAAUGUCACCGUUUUUUUUGUUGAUUAAAAAGUGUUUUCCGGCUUUUAGGAUGAAAAUCUACUUGGCUUUCUUACUCAUUGUAUUUGGGGCGUUACUCUGUCACAGUGAAGCAAUAACUAAACAACAUUUACCAGCUGAACUUCUGUGCUCAGACAUGAAUUGUUUGAAAACCAUAACUACUGGAAGUCUUAUUAAAGAUGUUAAUGUACCGAAUAAGAAAACAUUAAAGGUGAAUACCUUAGUGGAUAUAAUAGGAUUAAGCGCUGAUGCUACUAAUUCUAUGAUGAAAAUAAAAUUCGGCGAAGAACUCUUAUACAUCGACCCAAGUUUUGUACAAAUUAAGGAUUCUGUUAGUUCACGCGAAUUUUUAAAGGUGAAAAACGUCGAUAUAAAUUUAAAUCCUUCGACUCUAUUAAAUGAAAGAACACUUAAUCUAAUGUCACCUUACCAAAUACCAUCGGAUGAAGAUUUGAGCUACAAAUCUACAGAGAAAAUAUCUGAGAAAGAUCAUCGAGAUAACAAGCAAACAUUUUUCGGCAAUCAAAGACAGAGUAAUGCUUACGAUACCAGAGAAAGGAUGAAUAAAAUUGAUGCUGAUAAAAUGGACGUGGUUAGUCGCAGACGUCAUGAUCAAGUGAGCAAACAAGAAACUACAUAUAAGAUAGAUUCUGAAGUGGAACAAGAUGAAAAAAUUGAGGAAGAUAAUGAAGAAAAUGAGUUUGAAUAUAACAAUUCAUCUGAAAUAAAACUUGGUGACAUGGAUACAACUGACUAUCCAUUCGAGCAAAGUGAACCUGUUUCUGUGAAUCGAGAACCUUCAUCGGUUUCGUCACAUCACGUUGAAAUGAAGGUGUCUGGAACCGAACAUGUGGAACCCCAUGUACCGAUACGAUCACCGACUGUCUCCUCCGAUGUUGAUAAUAAGUCGAAGGAGGAUGUUUCGAGUAGACCUGAACAAAGUGAACCUGUUUCUGUGAAUCGAGAACCUUCAUCGGUUUCGUCACAUCACGUUGAAAUGAAGGUGUCUGGAACCGAACAUGUGGAACCCCAUGUACCGAUACGAUCACCGACUGUCUCCUCCGAUGUUGAUAAUAAGUCGAAGGAGGAUGUUUCGAGUAGACCUGAACAAAGUGAACCUGUUUCUGUGAAUCGAGAACCUUCAUCGGUUUCGUCACAUCACGUUGAAAUGAAGGUGUCUGGAACCGAACAUGUGGAACCCCAUGUACCGAUACGAUCACCGACUGUCUCCUCCGAUGUUGAUAAUAAGUCGAAGGAGGAUGUUCCGAGUAGACCUGAACAAAGUGAACCUGUUUCUGUGAAUCGAGAACCUUCAUCGGUUUCGUCACAUCACGUUGAAAUGAAGGUGUCUGGAACCGAACAUGUGGAACCCCAUGUACCGAUACGAUCACCGACUGUCUCCUCCGAUGUUGAUAAUGAGUCGAAGGAGGAUGUUCCGAGUAGACCUGAACAAAGUGAACCUGUUUCUGUGAAUCGAGAACCUUCAUCGGUUUCGUCACAUCACGUUGAAAUGAAGGUGUCUGGAACCGAACAUGUGGAACCCCAUGUACCGAUACGAUCACCGACUGUCUCCUCCGAUGUUGAUAAUGAGUCGAAGGAGGAUGUUCCGAGUAGACCUGAACAAAGUGAACCUGUUUCUGUGAAUCGAGAACCUUCAUCGGUUUCGUCACAUCACGUUGAAAUGAAGGUGUCUGGAACCGAACAUGUGGAACCCCAUGUACCGAUACGAUCACCGACUGUCUCCUCCGAUGUUGAUAAUAAGUCGAAGGAGGAUGUUCCGAGUAGACCUGAACAAAGUGAACCUGUUUCUGUGAAUCGAGAACCUUCAUCGGUUUCGUCACAUCACGUUGAAAUGAAGGUGUCUGGAACCGAACAUGUGGAACCCCAUGUACCGAUACGAUCACCGACUGUCUCCUCCGAUGUUGAUAAUAAGUCGAAGGAGGAUGUUCCGAGUAGACCUGAACAAAGUGAACCUGUUUCUGUGAAUCGAGAACCUUCAUCGGUUUCGUCACAUCACGUUGAAAUGAAGGUGUCUGGAACCGAACAUGUGGAACCCCAUGUACCGAUACGAUCACCGACUGUCUCCUCCGAUGUUGAUAAUGAGUCGAAGGAGGAUGUUUCACAAGUUUCAUAUUCCACCUCAGGCGACCUUUUGAACAAUGAUAGUCAUACAGAAUCUAAUAUAUCAAAUUCACCUUUUUCAGUGCAUGAUCUUAAACAAGGAGUCAUCACCACCAAUCUCAUCGAUGUUCAAGAUAUUGGAAUAAUUUAUUCUUCAGAUGUAAAUAGCUCUACUCCUUCAUCUGUUCCACAAAAAAUGUCCGAGAAUCAGAUUAUUUUCGAUCCUCACACUGUUCCCGUUCACUUAGGUUUGAUACAAUGUAUAUACUGGGCAGCAAACGCUAGUUUUGAUAAAACGUAUUCUAAAACUGUUAGAUCACCUUUAUCGAGUUUCUUAGUCAAUGGAUUUAUGUACUUCUUUGCAGCUGCUAACUUUUCUCUGCAGUAUUUACCAGAAAACAUUAUUUCCAAUUUAGAUAAUUUUUUGCUUGAAACAUUUUCUUUAUCAAUAAAUUUCAUUAUUGCUUGGAUGAUUUUUAUAUUUCACUUAAUUUUUAUGUGGAAUCUAAGUAAGGGCGUACAUUUCCUUUUAUCUAAAUAUAUUUUUUCUGAAAAAUACACAUCUCCAUCUCUCGUAGAAUAUCUAAAACUUGAAGAGUAUAGCAUUCAACUAGCUAGUCAACUUUCAGAUACGGAAGAAUCGAAUUCUCAUUUAUCUAAAUGGGCUAAUUCACUUUCAUGCAGUCUUCAAAACCUACAGGAAGAAUAUGCUUCCAAAUUAUCUGAAAUGACAUUAUCUAUGGAUGAUUCACGAGAAUCUUUCAUACGUGCUCAAUCGGAGUUGAAUCAUCUAAAAAAUACUCAUAAUUCACUAGAACAAAACUUACGUUUGAAGUUAACUGAUAAAGAAGAAGUCAUUCAUGAAUUAAACUCAGAAAUUAAUCGUCUGAAACAAUUACACUCUGAAAAUGAUGAUAAAUGGAAGAAAAGUCUUUUAGAUCUAGAAGAAAGUAACCGUAAGUCAAUAGAAGAAUUGAAAGAGGAACAAGAACAGUUAUAUUCUCAAGCUAAUUUAUAUUAUAAUCGCAUGAAAACGAUGCAAUCAGAGGUCGACAAAAUUUUGGAAUCUAGAAAAGCAUCUGAAGAAAAGUUACUGAUUAAAGAAGCAGAAUUUCAAAGUUUGCUUGCUACUUUUAAUACGCUUAAAGGUCUUGAGGUGAUUUUUGAACAGGAAUCUUCCUCAAAACAGAAAACAAAUGAUAUGGAAGAACGUGAAGUAACCACCACUGACAAUCUAUCUAAUGUUAGUCGCACGUUAGAGGAUGACGUGGAGAUUAGCGAAAAGUCAAGUAUUGUUUCCGAAAGUGAUUUAUGUGAUUUAAAUGAAGUCGAUGAAAAGACUACAGAAAAAUCUAGAUUACAGAAGAAUUUAUCAUUGCUCUUAGAUGUUGGUCGUUUACAUGCUCAAAUCAGACUUAAAGAUGAACAAAUUAAAGCUGAAGAGUCUAAAGCAAAAAAUGAACAUGAUCUUCGAGUUCAAGUUGAAUCCAAAAUGGAAGAGAUAGAAAAAGAAAAUUCAACUCUUAAAGCUAAUUUAAUUCAUAUUGAACAAGAAAGAAAUGCUUAUCAAACAAAGCUUGAUAUUUUAUCCUGUUACUUUAAAGAACGCGAACUUGAACUGCAAAGGGAUUUAGGUAAGCAUGUCGUAGUUGGUUCUGAAUCUUCUGAAGCCCUUCUGCACAGUCGAAAGCGCAAUCAAGAGCUUGAGGGGGAAGUGAAGGUAUUACGAGAUCAAAUGGCAGCUUUACGUCGAGAGCUAGUGGAAACUGAAAGAACUAGUAGGCGUCAAAUAUCGGAGUUAGAUAAGCGUUCUCAUGAAAAUUGGUUAGCAGCUCGUGCGUCUGACCACCAAAUUCAAGAUCUACGUGAAGAAAACUCCAGUUUGCGACAAAAGCUCAUUGAAUCAGAGAACAAUGCAUUACGAUCGUCAAUGCGCACCAUCCCGGAAAAAAUAAAUAGUUCAUCUCGUGAGAAAAUUAUGAACAUUUUCACAAGACCUAUUUUACCACUAGACUUUAUGAAAAAUCCAAGCUUAAGAGAUGUACGCUCUCAAUCAAGAAAUUCUCUAACAAAUUUAACAUCGCAACGGCCAGUAGCAGAAGCUAAUCCAUUCCCAUUUAUUCCAACACCACCCCGAGGAACAAUGCCUUUUUCAGGUGGACUUCAAAGAGAUGUCAUACCAACACCACCAAGGCCUCUUUUGCCAGGAUUUCCUCCAGUGCAAAUGAGUUUCCCGUCAGCAUUUUUAGCUCCCCCAUUCGCGCCCGUCAUUAAAGCGAUGACUGACCAAAAUAAUAAACAAAAUAGUUCCCCUUCUUCUGUAAGCGGUUCACUAAAGUGAUUUUAGAUCUAUAACGCUUUGUUUAGUAUGCGGUUUUUCUUGCAUUUUAAUCUUUCAUUCUCUACGUUCCGAUUGUUUCAUUGUGGUAUCAUUAUUUAGGUUAUUUUGAAGCAGGCUGUAAAGUGAUACUAUUUUUACAUUUAUUCUUUUGAUAAUAAGUAUGUCCAGAUAUUAUAUUUCAGAUUACAUAUAUCAAGAAUAAUAUUUCAAACAUUAGUUGGUUAUUGCACAAUAAAAAAUCUUUUUUUCGGUCUUCGUACUUACUAAAUUGUUUCUGUUUGUUAUUUAUUGCUCCGACAUUACUUUAUGUGUUUUAAUGAAGCAUUUUUGUUUUUGGUGAAUAAUGGUUCUUGAGUCAUUCGCUUUAUUAAAGAAAAUGUUCUAAAUUAGUGAAAAGUAUGUGUUUUUGUCAUUUCAUUAUCUAUUGUAUACCAACUGUCCUCAAGU